AAAGAGGGCUGCGCAAGCCCCUUCCCAUCAACCCGAGCCUCCUUCCUCCUUUCACUCCUUCAAACGCCCAUCCAUUCAGAGUCUCCCCUCGAACACCCCACACCCCUCUCGACAGGUCAAACAUGGCCUCCCCGGGACUCAAAUCGCACGACAUUGGCGUCGACUUUCGGCCAGUUGGCCUCUUCGCCGGCCGUCUCUACGGUCCAAUGUCCAAGAUCAGCGUCGACUUCUCCGACGGCAUCAAAUUGGAUGAGCUACAGUCCAAACUUGUCACGGCCGCCGUGCGCUGCGCUCCCAUGAUGUCGUUCGAAAACGAUGUCGUGCCCAGCGACUCGAUCGAAGUCUUUGUCCGCACCGACAGCUUCUUGGAUUACCCAAGCUUCUCUGGCAUGACCUAUGUCGGCUUCCUUGGUCAACCCGAUCUGGUCACCUUUCUACUCUCAAAGUCAUCUUUCAACCCCCUGCAGGUUGAGGUCUGGAGGAAGCACGACAUCAACAGCCCGAGCCACGUCUACGCCCGCGGCGACCUCUCUCAUCCUCAGCGUCUUAUGGUCCACGCCACCCAGCGCAGCCAGUCUCGCAAGGCCGGUAAGGCUGCCUCUGGUGCUGCAGCAUCCAAAAAGGAGCCAAGCCUCGGCGAAGAGGUGAAGUUUGUCGUUGCACUGGCCACGCCACAGUGCGUGCGCCUAUUCCGCAAGGAUCUCGAGCGUCGCAUCGUCACAGCGGCCAACGUUGCCAGUGGACAUGUCGACAUCUUUUUCAAGAGGACCUCGGAAAGCUCUUCAGCGUCAGUCGACAAGUCGCUCACCUCCAAAGAGUCGUUUGAGAGGCGUGUCGCGGAGUGCAUCAAGAGUGGCAAACCCCUCCAGGUCGAGUUUGCCGUCAAGGAGCGCGAGACCACCAAGCCAGAGACGGUCCCAUCUCCUUCCGAGCCUAUGAAAGAUCAUAGUGACCGGCCUGCUACGCUACCAUCCUACCACGCUGGGUCUCGCAAGAUGCACGCGUACCUUCCCUCCUUCACAUCGACCCAUGCUCCUCUCCUUCCUGCGGUGUCGGCAGAGAAGACUGCAGUGCCUCCCGUCCCCGCCAAGACGCCCAUCGUCGUAAGAGACACUAGGAGCAGCCCGAGCGUCAGCAGCCACGAUGCAGGCACACCCACUCGUGCCAAUGUUGGAGCUAUCCAUAACAAUCUCGAGUCUCUGCUGGACAAGUUUGCCAGCGAGCUCAACAAGUGUCUUCUGGACAAUUUUGGCAGCGCCACCUCCGUGCUUGGCGCCUCUUCCCCAUCGCCAUCGGACACUCCAACAACAAAGGUGUCGACAUCGGAGAAAGCCUCUCCCGAGGGCGCCAAGGUCAAUGAGGCCGCACCAAAGACAGCGAAGCCGCUUUUCCACAACGCACGAUGUGACGUCUGUAAGAAAGUCAUUCAAGGCACGCGCCACAAGUGCCUCAAUUGCCCCGACUGGGAUGCUUGCAGUGCCUGCCACGCGGCCAAGGUGCCCAAGUGUCACCCGGGACAUGUGUUCGCCUCGAGCACCGACCCCGCCGUCUUCCCUCCCCGUAGUGAGCCCGCGGGAUGGGCGAUGCACCCCGGCGUCAUUUGCGAUGGCUGCGAUGCCCAGAUUCGCGGUCCACGUUUCAAGUGCGUCGUGUGCCGCGACUACGACCUGUGCGCGCACUGCGAGGCCGAUCCGGCCAUCCGCCACCCUCACGGUGAUGGCGAAGAGCACCCGCUGCUCAAGAUCAACAAGCCCAUACAGAGGGCCACUCUGGCCAGCGCCGUGCACAGAUCAACUUUCUUUCCCGGCCUGCGACAGAACAGCGACCUGUCGGCAAGUGGACCUGGUCGCUGUCCAUGGGUCGGAGGAUCUCCUGCGUCCUCUGCAGCUCGCCCGUUCCCGAAGUGGAACCCUGUUCAGGGCAUCGGCCGCGCUCCCUUUACCUUUUCUGAUAAAGACUCCCUACCUGAAAGCAUUCUGAGGUACUACUCGGGACGCGACGCGCCCCAGCGCGACCAUCCUGACAUCGCCUCCUGUCGAUCGAAGAAUCCGAUCGUGGUCAAGGACACGGAGAAGGAAAAGGGAAAGGCGUGCUCCUCUUCUGACGAACACAAGUCGGAUGUGCAGGCCGCUGAUCUGUUGAACACCCAGAGCUCCAGCAGCUCCUUCGACACAGCCAAGAUGACCAGCACUAACACGGUCGCGGGCACACAAGCUUCUCCGCAGCCAUUUGCCUUCGGUGGCCUAUCGCCCGCCGUGGUCAAGGCAGCCGAAGCAAAGUCCAACGAUGCCGAGAUCAAGCCGGCCAACGACCGCCGCCUCCGCGAGAUGGCUCGCCGGCUCCACGAGCUCGAGGAGCAAAUGACAAAAUCGAAGCAGAAGGUCGACUUCACCUACAAGUUCAUCGACGACUUCAAGAAGAGGACCCAAAGCUCUCGCUACGCCGAUGACUUUGACGAAGACGACAUUGUGAGCAAGAAGGAGCGCACCGCGGCGGCCUCGCCCACUGCACGCGAAGCCAAGCCGUCCGCCGACGAAACCUUGAACGAGGUCACGACCCGCUUUGCCAAGCUUUUCGAUGAAGCUAUGAAGCUUCCUGGCGCAGCUGCUACCUCUGCGCCCAUCGCAUCGACGACAAAGACAGACCCAGAUGUCCCUGAGGAGGAGGAAGAAGAAGAUGACGACGCGGAAGACUUUGACGCCAUCGUUCUGGGCCAUGUCAACAUGAAUGAUGGCACUCGUGUUGCAGCUGGCUCUCGCUUCGACAAGAUCUGGCUCUUGAAGAACAGCGGCAGGAAGCCCUGGCCAGUCGAGACUUCCGUCGCCUUCAUCUCGGGCCACGGUCACGCUGAUGGACCCUCGGCCGAGCAGCGUGCCCCGCUGGGACGCGAAAUCGCGCCCGGUCAACAAGCAGAGGUCGUGAUCCGCGACAUGAAGGCGCCGGAAGAGGGCGGAGUGAACACGUCCUACUUCCGCCUACAACGUCCAGAUGCUCUCGCUGGCACAGUCAAGUUCGGCCAGCAGUUCUGGGUCUCAACGAGCACGGUGCGGGAGGAAAAGCAUCACUCGAUCCUGACCGAUGGAAGCACCCUCUCGGGCUCGAGUUUCUUCGAGACACCACUCGCGCCCGAAGAGGCUGCUGAGCGUCACGUCGUGGAGCCAAAGACUCCUAGUGCAGAGACAGAAUUCAGCCUGCCGACGGCGAGCCUCGAGAGCGGAGACCGUGACGGCAGCGACUUUGACUAUGACGGAGAGGAGCAAGACCUCGAGUACGAACUUGUCGAUGCUGACUCUGAUGGCUAUGAAGAGGCUCUUUGAUCGUUUCCUUUCUCCCCCUUUCUUCACUGUGCAUACACCAACUUGUCUAUUGUGGCCCCCUGAUGCCUGUAUUUAGCCAGAGACUCGACGCG